AAUCAUCAUAUUUUCAUUUCUAACCAACUAAAAUCAACCAUGUCUUCUCCAAGCAAACGCAGGGAAAUGGAUUUGAUGAAGCUGAUGAUGGGUGAUUAUAAAGUGGAAAUGAUGAAUGAUGGUAUGCAAGAGUUUUAUGUCCAGUUUCAUGGACCUAAAGACAGCCCUUAUGAUGGAGGUGUUUGGAGAAUUAGGGUGGAGUUGCCUGAUGCAUAUCCAUAUAAAUCUCCAUCAAUUGGCUUUAUCAACAAAAUUUACCAUCCAAAUGUGGAUGAAAUGUCAGGAUCGGUUUGUUUAGAUGUUAUCAAUCAAACUUGGAGUCCGAUGUUUGAUUUGGUGAAUGUUUUCGAAGUUUUUCUUCCUCAACUUCUUUUGUAUCCGAACCCAUCUGAUCCCUUGAAUGGAGACGCUGCAGCACUGAUGAUGCGAGACCGAACUGCAUACGAGCAAAAAGUUAAAGAGUACUGUGAGCGAUACGCAAAGCCAGAGGAUGCUGGGGCUGUGCCUGAAGAAAAAUCGAGUGAUGAGGAACUGAGCGAAGCUGAAUACGGUUCUAGUGAUGAAGAAGUAGCUGGGAAAGCCGACCCGUAGGUGCACUCGUAUCCGUGUCCGUAUGUACAUCAUAACUAGUCUCUCUUUUAAGUCAAACAUUUAGCCCUCUAGAGGCCAAUUUGCUCCAAUAAUUCUUGUAAAAACUUGGUUUCUUUGUAACCUUUGUUGUUCAUAUUUGAUUUAUUCUAAAGUUUGGUGUCAAAUACUAUUUUCUGUUUCUGGGAAGUAAUCAGAUUUGGCAUAUUCAA